AUGUGCGCUGCGUCGUGGCAAGCGCUGCAGUGCGACUCGCGCGACUUCACCGCAACGCAGUUCUUGUUGGCUGAGGAAAAGCAGGACAAGACAGAGAGGCGCCCAAUACCCGAAAUUUGCCUCAGUUGCAGCGUUCCAACACCGUGUCGUUGCACGCAGUGGCCAACGGCUUUGCCGAUUUAUUGCUCAGCGGAGCUGCGACCGAGAGAGACCCAGCCUCGCGCCAGGUCAGCCAUGCCUCCACGCAACGCCUAUGAGUGUUUCACAAAGCUAUCCGGUUUCCAUGUCUCUUCCAGUGCGUCAACGGAACGACCAAAAUUCAGUUCACAAGGAGGAAUCGUGACUCGGGCUAACGGAAACGUGAAGACGCACCUCAAAGCACGGCGGUAUGCUUCGGGUCGCUGGCUGGACGCGCGCCAUCAGGCGAUGCUGUAUGUCGAUCGAUCAAUCGAUCGAUCGAUCGAUACAACGCCAUCCAUAUCGUACGACGCGUUCGCGUGGCAGUCCAUCAUUCGACCAACAACAGCUAUCAUCCAUCAUGACGUGCUGAGGCACGUACCGCAGUCGACCGGACCAGCUGGCGGCGGAACUGAGGUUUCGCUUCACUAA